UGAAUGGCAAAUGCUGCCAUGAGCGGACGACUUGCAAAGAAACGAAGCGCCUUGCUUACAAAUCAAACCUUCUGCAAACUGGAGGCUGUAGUCUUGAAAUUCUAAUUACUCCAAUUCAUAAGAAACGGUUCCCUACUUGCGUAUGACACUCCACGCAACCUGGGCAGGCUGACUACAGCCCUCAUGCGCCGGUCGGUCGCUCCACUAUUAAGACAUGAAGACACAAUUUCACGGUGCUCUGAGUUUGCUAGUCUUUCUUUUAUCGAUAGUCGGAACCUACGCGCUUGCUCCCCGUGGGUUGAAGUUCCGCAUCCCCUGGACACGAUGGAGCUUCCGCGUCUCCUUCUGCUGGGUGCCGUGGUUCGCUGCGCUUCUACUGCUUAUCUUUCAAGCAAUUACACUUGAGGACAUCGGCAACGGCCUUGCUGGCGACGGCAGCCUACAGCCAGCUCCCAUCAUCUUGACCUACCUUUCGCUCUCCUACCUAGCCAUAUGCUGUGAAAUUACUGGCCUCUACUCCUGGCUAGCCCUCCACGCAGCCAAACUUACAAACGGAAAACCUCUUCUGCUGAUAAUUACCUUUUUCGGACUGUCAGGCGCCAUCACAUCUUUGACCAGCGCCGAUGUCAGCCUGGUUGCGCUGACGCCCAUGGUUGUCUACACCGCCUCCGCCGCCCAGCUGGACCCCAUGUCCCUGGCCGCGACCCACUUGGGCGCCUCCGCGGUGUGGGGCCUGCUGGUGCCGGUCGCGGGCCCUGCCAACAUCCUGCUGGUGCGCUCCUUCGGACUCACUUUCCUGGGCUACAUGGGCUGGAUGCUGCUGCCCACGCUAGCCGCCGCUGUGGUGGUGCUGGGCCUGCUGCACCUGCUGCUGCACCGCCGCCACCUGGCAGCCGCCCCGCGCUGGGACAGCAGCAGCAGCGGCAGCGGCCCCCACCCAGACCCCAGCAUAGUGCUGCAUGACCAGGUUGGCGCCUCCCUCAGCUGCGCCUGCCUGUGCGGCUGCCUGCUGUGUCUGGCCGCAGCGCCCAUGCUGCGCUGGCGCGGGUGGCUGGUGGCGUGUGUGUUUGCGGUGCUGGCAGG